AUCUGGAAGAGUCGGUUGACAACAAGCGAGCGUACGAGUAUAAAGAAUGCGAGAUUAUUAUAACUAGAGUGAAGACCGUAACAGAUAAUGAAGAUUGGGACAAAAAGGAUCUGAAGGCAAUAAAUAUAAUUUACAGUGCCAUCACAAAUAGACAAUUGGAAUAUAUCAGGGAAGAAAAAACGGCAUAUGAAAUAGUGAAAAGGUUCGACGAAAUGUACUUGAAAGAGUCGACGGCACUACAGAUCGUAUGCACAAGGAGAUUGGAAACGAUAAGACUUGAGGACUAUAGUAAUUCAGCAUCGUUCUUUAGCGACUUCGAAAAAUUAAUAAAUGAAUUAAAGGGUGCGGGCGCACAAGUAAGUGAGAAGGAAAAGCUAAAUUACAUGCUGAAUACGUUACCCGAAGAAUAUAGCUACAUAGCGGACAUAAUAGAUGCAUUGAAAGAAGAAAAUCAAACGGUAGCAUAUGUGAAAAAUAAAAUCGAAAUAGCAGAGAAGAAAAGAAAACCCAAUCGAGGAGGAAUGCAAACCAACGCCUUUUCUGCAAAAAGGGAAGGAUGCUUCAGAUGCGGAAGAGAAGGACACUUUGCGAGAGAGUGUCAAAAUGGCGUCCAAGGGGGAAGCAGUAACAGCUAUUGGCGUGGGUCAACACGUGGUCGCAGCAGAGGAAAAGGAAACAGAAGCAACACGAGCAGGGGACGUCGUCAAUCAACAGCCGGCAUGAGCGAGCAUGGCAACUCAGGAGCAGACGCAUGGAUAGCAACAGCGCUCACAGCACACAGCAGAGAGACGAAUAAGAUAAGUGAGAACGAAAUAGUGUGGCUAUUAAAUAGCGGUUGUACCGAUCACAUAAUUAAUAAUGAAAGUUAUUUUGAGAAAUGUAGUGACCUUAAGGAACCAGUAAAUAUAUAUUUAUGCGAUGAUAGACCGGUAAAAGCAAUGAAAGUUGGAAACGUUAUAAGCUACUUUGAAGCAUUUGGAAAACAAAAUGAAAUAAAUAUGACUAAAGUAUUUUACGCGAAGGGAAUGUCCGCAAAUUUGAUCAGUUUAGGUAAAUUAGCAGUCAAUAAGAAUAAGGUUCUUACAGAAGGAAAUAUUACAAAAGUAAUAAAUAAGAACAAUAAACUCACAGCUGUAGCGUUCAAAAAGAAUGGGAUAUAUAGAAUGAAAAGUAUAUUGAAAGUAUAUUAA